UUUAGUAAGUAACUAAAAAAAUAAAAUGGUUGACGUAAACAAUUGCACGCGAAAACGAAGGAACGACACAUCUGAUGUAAACGAAGAUGAGGUGUCAACAUCAACGUUACAACCAUCGACGGUUGAAAAUUCAGAACCAGCUACAAAAAUGGUUAAAAGUGAGAACGUAACAGACGAUACAGAGACGUUGUCUCAAAACGACGUCGCAAGCGUUGAUAUAAAAAGAUCAGAUAAUGAAAACUUGGUAAUUUUACAAGAAGAAAAUUUAAAAUUAACAAACGACCUUGAAAGUCCAGAAAAUGUUCAUUUAAAUGUUUGCAAUAAUAACAUAAAUGGAAAUAUUAAUAAUGUUAGUAAUUCGAUUGAAUCAGACCCAAAUCACCAUAUAAUUACAAUUAAAUUCCAUAAUCCAUCGAUAGCAGAAAAUUAUAAAAAUAAAUUUUUGCAUUUUUUAAAAACUAUUAAAGAGUUUAGCUUUGUAAAUGUAAGUAGUGAUUUGGAGAUAAAAAUAAGCAAAAAUGGACAUGACAGUAAAGACAAUGAUGUACACAGCGGUGAAAACAGUCGUAAAAGGAAAAGAAAGAAAUCAAAAACUGCCGAUUUGUUUAUUGUUGACAAAACUCCUUCGGGAGAGAGUGCAGAUAGAUUGGAGCUUAAAUACACAAGUAAAUAUUCUGUACAAAUUGAAGAGAAAUUAAUGAAUACUGCAAGGAACAACAACGCUAGUCUUUGUUUUAAUUGUAAUAAGAAUCAUAAUUUGAGAGAUUGUCCUGAACCUAAGGAUUAUAAUAAGAUUAAUGCUGCUAGAAUGAAGAUGAAGUCUCAACAAUUUGUUAAAACUCGUUAUCAUAUGGAAGAAGACCAGAAAUAUUCCCAAUUCUCCCCAGGAAAAAUUUCCGAACAUCUAAGAGACGCUUUGGGAAUAUAUAAAGAUGAAUUGCCCCCUUACAUUUAUAAAAUGAGGCUUUUUGGUUAUCCACCUGGGUGGUUAGAAGAAGCCAAAAUAGAACAAUCCAAUAUGAGCCUGUUCAAUAUUGAGGGAAAAGAAGAUUACAACAGCAAAAACAAGGUUACAACUAAUAUUAACGUUGAUAAAAUUGUUGAGUAUCCAGGAUUUAAUAUGCCUAUAGAGGAAGGUAUAAAAGAUGAAUACAAUUUACACGAUUGUCCCCCGUUUUCAAAUCGUUGUAGUAAAGAAGCAAUGAUAAAUUUCUUAAAGGAAUCUUUUCAAAAAGAAAUAGAUAACAAUGAAACGUGCGAUAUGGAUUUAGAUCAAAGUACGGAUGAUAGUACAGCUCCUUCUGGCUGUGAAGAAGUGUUUUCACCAAGUUUAACAGAGUUAGAAAAGCAAAAAUUAGAAUUAUUAGCUGAAUUAGAUGGCGGAAAAUACAAUAGCGAAAUGGAAGAGAAAAAGGACGCUGAAAAGAGUGAUAACAAAACUGACGAAAACAUUGAUAGUAAAAUUGAGAUUGUUGAAGAUAAUACGACGAAUGGAGUUAUUCCAUCUUCGCCUGUGAGAGAUGUAAAAUUAAGCGUUUUUGGAACGCCGAUUUUUCAGACUACAUCACCUUAUUGCGUUUUACCGCAUCCAGAUAAAUUUUCAAAAGACAUAUCACCGGUGAUAAAUUUUGAAAAUUUACCAAACUCAACAGGAAAGUAUGAACAGAUGUCCGCAGUUAUACAAAAAGUCAGGAAAACAUUAAAAGAUAUUAGUGAAAAAUUAAAACCUUAGGAAAAUAUAGAAUUUUGUUUUUUUCGUCAUUAUUUGUAUAGUAACUUUAAAGAAAAAAAAAGAGACAGUACAAAUUUUAAUAAUUGACUAAGGUGUACAUUUUAUACAACUGGAAAUAAAAUUUAUAAUUAAAAUAGUAAUAAUAA